AUGGACAAUGAAAAAAAGUCUAUGUACGAACCUGGUGUAAUCUUAGGAGGAUGCACUUUGAGAAGACAAUUAAAUGAUUCGGGGGAAGCGAUGGUAUUUUUGGCAGAAUCGGGCAAUGAAGAGAAGAAGGAGGUUAUCAUCAAAUUUUUCAAGUGCGGAUACGGAGAAGACGAAAUUAAAUACCUGGACGUUUUGACAAAUCAUGAACAACGUCGAAAUAUCGUUGAAAUGCUCAAAUCGUUCGAAACCCCAGAAAUACGUUUGGGAAUGGUUUUCAAACGCUAUGAAACUGACUUGUUCGGAAUACUCGGCGACCGCCAACGACUUCAACCAUCUACUAUUCAAAAGUAUAUGAAAGGAUUGAUGGAAGGACUUCAAUUUAUUCAUCGGAUGGAUUACAUUCACAGAGAUAUUAAGCCGGAAAAUUUGCUGAUCGACGGUGAAACCAUCUGCAUUGCUGAUUUCGGGGAGACAGUUCUCAGCACCUCAGACAAAGUUGUUAAACCUGGCACCCUACCGUAUCUCACAAUCGAACAUAUAUUGGGGUAUAAGGAGAACACUAAAUCUAUGGAUAUUUGGGCUGCUGCUUGCGUCUUGGGUGCAAUGUUUCAAGGAAGUCAUCUUUUCUCUCAGAAUUCCAAUUUGCAAACAAUCCAUGCAAUUCGUCUUCUUCUUGGAAAUCAUACGAAGGAGACGUGGCCGGAAAUGGACAAACUUCCCUUAAUGCAAUCCAUCGAGCUGCCACCCGUUGGUGAGAAAACAUUUUCGAAAAUCGAGAAUAUUACAAAAGAAGCAGCUGAUUUGAUGGAACAAAUGAUGAAGUAUGAUCCGACGAAGCGAUUGAUGGCAUCACAAGUUCUCAAUCAUGAAUAUUUCAAAAAGGAGGCAAGUGCACAGGCUAACUAAUUUCAAUUAUUCUUAUUACUAUUUCCAAUUCAAUUUUCUAUUUAAUUUUAAAAGUACAGACGAAUCUAGAAAACAAGGCCUGUUUUGAGUUUUAAAAAGUUUUCUAGAUCAACACAUUUUUUUUUGAAAUUUGUAAGUUUCCCAUUCCAAUUAAGCACUUUAUUUCAAUAUUGUCUGGUUAUGCUAUCACUUUCAUUUGCUAAAUAUCCACAUAUGUUUAUAUUUUUAUUAUAUUACCUCAAUCAUUACGGCUAGUCGCCCAAAUCACGUGUAAUUCUUGUUAAUUGCUUGAUAUUGUUGUGUAUAAUUUGAAUGUUGUUUAAAAGAUAAAGUAAAAUGUGGACCCA